CCAUCUCAUGUAGAGAAAGAAACAUGUGUGUUUUUACAUAGCCAACUGUGUUUAGAUCAAAGAUUACUUCAAGAGAGAGAACUUCGAAGAAGGAAAGGAGUGUCUGGUUUACAAGAAUUCUAACGCGAACCGAAUUUGAGAUUUACUAGUCUAAACCAUUGUAACCCGGAUGUUAAUACUGCGUAGUGUACCGGAUGUUCUUUCAUUUUAGCUGAGAUACGAAAAUGGGCAUGCUAAUUGUUAGCCUCGUGAAAGAGUGUGAAAUUAUACACUUUAAUUGUGUUUUCUGAUCUUGAAGGGGCUAGUUAAGGGUUCAACCAAAAACGUUAAGUAAGUAUCUACGGUAUUUCAAGUUAAAUGACUUUGAAUCAAGGUAUUAACUCAAGGAAACGUAGCUAAGGAAAGCAGUUGAAGUAUUCAGACACAACACAGAAGUUGUUGGGAUCGUCCACCCCUAACACAGUGAUGACCUCACAGCAGCAUUCCCUCCCCAAUGCAAAUGUCAACCCUCCCCUCCUCAUCCCCCAGAACUCAUUAGCUCACCCGGGCAGGCCUCACAUUCAUCCAAACCAGCUGGACUCUACUCAGAGUAGUGCUGCGGGGCACCCUGCCUCCCACACAGGUCUGAUGGGCGGUGUGGGGUCCUCGUCGGUGGGGACCUCCAGCGGAGUUGCAGUGAAUAGGGGCACGUUGCCCUCCUGCACUAACUCUGCCUCUUCAAGGACGCCCUCGUCAGGACGCUUUGAACCCUGGCCCGAGGAGGCCGUAGACAAUGCUUACGGCUUGUACUCACUGCACCGCAUGUUCGACAUAGUUGGAGCCCAGCUCACGCACCGCGAUGUGCGAGUGCUCUCGUUCCUGUUCGUGGAUGUAAUUGACGAGUAUGAGCGCGGUGGCAUCAGGAGUGGCCGGGACUUCCUGCUGGCUCUGGAGCGCCAGGGGCGAUGUGAUGAGACCAACUUCAGACACGUCCUGCAGCUGCUUCGCAUCAUCACACGGCACGACCUGCUGCCCUACGUCACACUCAGGAAGAGACAGACCGUGUGCCCAGACCCAGUGGAUAAGUACCUGGAAGAGACGUCGGUACGUUAUGUGUCCCCCAGAAGAGGAGGAGAGAGCAGGGAGGCUGCACCCCACAGAAGGACAGGUCCCCAGCCAGUGAUCUGCUGUUCUCCAUCGGGGACCCAGGUGGGCCCUUCCCGCACCAAGCCAGGCCCCCCAUUACCCAGCCGCAAAAGAAAGAGGGCCUACGCCACAGGUGACUGCAGGGAAAAGCAAACCUGUGACAUCCGCCUACGAGUGCGUGCUGAGUACUGCCAGCAUGAAUCAGCGCUUCUGGGAAACGUUUUCUCCAACAAGCAGGAGGCUCUGGAGAGGCAGUUUGAGAGGUUCAACCAGGCAAACACUAUCCUCAAAUCCCGGGACCUGGGCUCCAUCAUCUGCGACAUCAAGUUCUCGGAGCUCACCUACCUAGAUGCUUUUUGGCGGGACUACAUCAACGGCUCCCUGCUGGAGGCCCUGAAGGGUGUCUUCAUCACAGACUCACUCAAACAGGCAGUGGGCCAUGAGGCCAUCAAACUCCUGGUCAAUGUGGAUGAGGAGGACUAUCAGGCUGGCCGCCGCAAGCUGCUCCGGAAUCUGGUCACAGGAGUGGGGGCAGGGUCUGCAGCUGAAACCGCAGCCGCACUUGGAGGGAGCAGAGGGACUCCAUCCUAGAAACGCAUGCGUCUGCUGCUUUUAGCAGAGGGGGAACCCGUGUCCCGAAUAAGAGAACUUGACUUCAUGGUGAGGACAGGAGCAAGAAAAGUGAAAAGGCUGUUCUGUUUCAGGAAGAAGUGUGAGGGAGAAUGCUGGGUGCCCUGCCCUUUCAUCUAUGAAGGGAAUGUGAAAUAAAAGUGAUCCAAAGCAAGUGAGUCAGGAGAUGUGGAACACAGACUGAAGAGAAGUGCUUUGAAAGUUGAAGGGCUUUGUUCUUUCUGCUGGAGGGACAAUGCUAAUAUUUUCUAUUGUAACUUGUGAGUUGACUAUAAAAUCAGAUUUUACAUUUUC